AUUGUGAACCUUCGUGAGGCGACCUCGUUUCGAGAUACGUCGGUCGUUCCCGACAGAAAUUCUCAUGCACAAGCGAGAGAACACUUUACGGAGUUCAGUCGAGUGAGAGUUUACUAGGAUGGAUAUUUGUAUAGGUUACCGGUCGAUCACACGGUUGUGUCUAUGUGGCACAUACAACGGACAAAUAAUAUAGUGCUUUGAAAAAUUAAAAUGUGAGAUUGUGAGAAAUAGAAGUGAUGUGUGCUUAGAGCAGCGGGAAGGAAUGUGCGUGAGAGGGUGAGUAGAAUGAACAGCGGGCCCUUGCCCCCGGUACCGGAUCUUAUUCCUAUAUCGGCGCUUCGCAAGCGACCACCCUCGAAUAAUAACAGUGACGUGAAUUCGGACGGGGGUCCUCUAGAGUGUGCCCCUUGUGCGUCAAACCGUUCGGAGGUUAUGGGAGAACAGCGCCCUCGACGGCGGUCGGCAAACCAACCUGCCGUCGAACUAAUCGAUAAUACAGGGUCACGUGGUUUGAGCGCCGCCCCACAGGCACCGCUCUCCCGGAAAGUUAGGCCAGAGCGUCAUCGUAAAUCAGACAGACGACGCGAUCGACGCAAAGUUAACAGGACUCGUUCGUGUAGUAAACAUACCAAGCCCCGGGAAGCGAAUAGUUCGACUUCGGUUCCUCAUAAUCCGCGCGUAAAUCCGAUUUUUGUGUGGGUCCGGCAAGAAGAUACACGCAUCGUGGACGUGAAAUGCGAGGAUUACGACAAAAGGAACCGGAUCCUUCUUACGAAAACAGCGCAGGGCUGGCGUGCCAUUCCACGCACCGAAACCCUCGUGCCAACCCUGAAGGAGGCGGUUAGCAAAGAACAACAUCACCACCAUCAUCAUCAUCAUCAUCACCAUCACAAAAAUAAAAAAUCACGUAAGAGUAAAGUUCGACGACGUUCUACGGGAGUUCAAGUUAGUUCAGACAUCGAACAAGAUUAUGAAGAUCAACAGCAAGACGACAUACAAACGGAAAGGAAAUGCGACGAGGAAAACGAAAUUAUCGCAUCGCCACCGUGGAUGUCUAGUGAUAAUAUUAAUGUGGAAUCUCUUUUACCGUCCCAUACAAUACAAAUCAAGAGGUCAACAAGCUCCCCCGAACAAAACUCUAAUGUAUCGGAUGUGAAUGUAAACAGUGCCGUAAGCGAAUGCGCGCAAUCUCCCAAUAUCAAGUGCAGUGCCGAUAAAAUAUGUGACGUCAGUCCAUUAGAUAAUUUACUAGCCGUUGCUGAAUUAGAAUUUAAACAACAACAGAUUCAAUCAGAAGAAUGGAAUAAAACACCAAACGGAGACGCGAUAGUAACGUUUAAUAAUUUCAGUCAAUCCGAAGAAGAUAAGGAAUUCAUAAAAAAUUUGGAAACGUUAAAUAACCUCAUCGAUUCGGAAAAAUCUAAAUUGGAAUUGUCGAAAGGUGACGAAUCUACGGAAACCAAAUCGGAAGAAUGUGAUUAUAACGACGACGACGACAACAACAUAGCCAUGGAUGAUAUACUUUCUAGGUUAGAACAAUCUUUGAGGAGCCCCGAAAACUCCACUUCGAAUCACGAAGCUAAAAAUAAAAUCGAAGAAAUCAUAAAAGAAGUUCAAUCUGAAAACGAACUCAAAUCGGUGGAAAAUUUCGAAAAUUUUUUCGAAGAACCCAAUCCGAAAAACGAACAACACGAAAAAAUUGAUAAUGAAACUGAAGAAGAUAAACAGGAAGUAAACGAAUUGAUAAAUUUAGUGGAAUCUUCGACUAACGACGACGAAGAAGAAGAAGACGAAGAAGAGGAAAUUCCUAAAGAUUUAUCAAUGAAAAAUAAUGAAUGUACGGAUACCGUCGAAGAACCAACCGAUUUAACUGUUCCUAAACAACUCGUAAGUCCUAGACCUCCCUCACAAAAUUCAGAAGCUAUUCAAUCUCCACAACCUAGUGGAAUACCAGCAGUUCCACAAUCACCCGAUAUCGUUUCAACAACAGUUAACGUAAGUAACAAACCUAAAUUUUUAGAAUCGCUGUUGAUUAAUAAUAAUACGAAAAAUAUAGAAGUAACGAUAACUCCUCAAAGGGAACCGUUAGAUUUGGGCAAAUGUCGAAAAUCUGCCAGUCCUACAGUUACAUGCUCCGAGGAAAUCAAUAAUUCCAAAACGGAAACGGAACCGCCGACAAAAAAAAUCAAAUCUAACGAUAUCACAUUAAAAACCUUAUUAGACGCAGAUAUCAAAAAAACUAAUCUAGAAAACACACAAAACGAAAAAAAUUUUACCAUAGAAACUCCCAAGCUUUUAGAAUUAUUACAAAACGACGCGGAUAUAGAUCCUUUAAUACAAUUAAAACAAUUACUAUCAGAUCCUAUGAUAGAUAUACCAGAUCCGUUGUUAGUACCAAAAGAGAAAUUUAGUCAAAUUUUAAUUCAUCCGGGUACCGAAAUUCCGCGACUACUUAAAGAACGACCAGAACUUCGUUUACCGCAAGCUUUAGCUUUUCCACAUAUAAUGCAAGAUCCUAACAUGCUGGUAAUUAAUAUACAUCAUUUAGAAUCUAUUUUAGGCAACAAAAAUACAAUACAAGUAGAAAAUAAUCAUAAAUUUAGUGGGGAGAUUAGAAAACAAGAUAAAACCGAAAAAUCAUCUACUGAUACCAAUCAACAUGAUUCGAAAAAGAAACAAUCUAACGAGAACGUUCAAAAAACAUUCAACGAAUUAGCCAAUGACAUAAAUUCAGCUACUCAAGCUGCUUUUAGCCAAAUGUCUUGGUUUCCAUAUAUGAACCAUUUAGAAGCAAUGGCUCUAUCAAACAAUCAAGAUUUUAUGAAAAUGUUGAACUCUGUACAUUUACCUUUUUACAUGAAUCAAAUGCCAGAAUUAUUAUCAGGUAUAAGACCACCUUUAUCCCCGAUGGGAUUCCCAAUGCCUCCACAUAUAAAUUACGGAAAUCCUAUGGAAUUUAAUAUGUGGCAAGAAGCCAUGUUACAAGCGCAAUUACUAAGAAAUAAAACUGCGGAGAACGCCAAUGAACAAAACGCUUUCAAAAACUAUUUAGAAAAAUCAAAUUCGCAAAUUAACAGAAGCUCGAGGUUACAGUCGUCGAAUAAACAUCAGAGUUAUCCGAAUCAGUAUUACAAAAAUGACCAAAACGCAUUCCAAAAUCCUUACGGGAAUUUUAAUUCCUAUCAAACGAAAUCUUCACAUCCGAAACACGUCCAGAAACACGCGUCUAAAAAUUUUCCACCGCAUCAAAAUUUCGCAAAUUUUUAUUCCCAAAUAUCGGAAAAGAAUCAAUACGCCCAAAAUUUGAAUUCGCAAGAUCAUCUCCACCAAAACUUUCAACAUUUUAUGCGAAAAGAGACGAACGUAGUACAAAAACAAAAAGCACCUUGUAAAACGUUCACAAAGUCGUCUACACAUCAAGAGCAUCACAAAGAAAGAGGACAUCCAAGUGGAAGUGAUCAGGGUAAACUACCAGCGAGUCAACCUAUUGAUCUAUCUGGUUCAACGACGUCUGGCGGUAAGCUCAAGGUUAAACAACAUCUCAUCGAUACUGUGAAUACUCCGAAGUUGCUGAAACAACACGACGACGUCCCCGAAGUUGGAAGUACCACGGCGAGUAUAGAAGAAAUGCAAGACGCUCACAAACACUUAUGGCAUCCCUUAUUUGGAAACCAAAAAGGAUACACGAGCCCUUGGAAUUGGACAACAGUGACCGCUACUGGAGAAUAACACAGGCCUCAACCUCCACAUCAGAACUGGAGGUCGAAUUCUUCAUACCAAUACCAUCAAGGUGUCAAUAACUUAGAUGCCUCUUUCACAGGGUUAGACUUUGACUUAUUUUCAAAGUAAGAAAUACACAACUAUUAGGAAAUUUCUUGUUUUUUUUUGUCGUUUGGAUCACUCUCCAGAAAGUUUGCUUGUAAAUUAGUAUUAUUUUGAUAUUCUGGAUGUUUGUUCAACAAAGUACAAAAUUAAUAUCCUAUUUAGAAGCUGAGUGCUCAAAACGCAUUAUCCUUAUUCCAAAAUUAUCUUCUAGAAGAACCAAAUACAUCUAUUGAAAGAAACCUACUUACGAAGAACAAAAAAAGUGAUAAUUUUUUAUUUUGGAGACAAUUAUUUUUGUUGAAACAACGCCAUUAUUGAAUAAUUUUGGAUUUGGGUAAUUGAAAUCUAGUAAAAGGUGUGAAAUUUUAUUUCAGUUGAUGCUAUCUACAACAGAACGAACAUAUUAACAGAAAUAUAAAGACUAUUUGUUUUUAAAUUCUUUUUGGAGAGACUUGGAUUCGCUACUUGAGGUGCUGGUAACUGAUUGAAAUAACAUUCUAUUUUGUUUUUUCGUAUUCUAUCGAUUUAUAACUUUUUUACGUACCUACAGAAAUUUCCGUCGCCUUCAGACGUGUAAUCUGAUAUUGUCUAACAAAAUAAAAAUGAAAUUAGUCAGGUACUGAAUUACGUAGCUUCUGGUCUAUUUAAAAUGUUUACGAUAGGAAGUAUCAUCCAUUACAUGAUCUUAGCAACCUGUCGAACAUUCAAGAACAAUUUUCCACCUGAUUAUGAUGGUUGUAUCAAACGAUACUUUUCAAAAGUGUUCUAAUACUAUUGUUGCUGUAUUUGAAGAACCUGAAGCUUACCACAACGAUCCGUUUAACGUAAAAUUCCAUAGAUAGCACACCUGCACAUUCUUUCAUAACUACUUAACUCUCCUGUGAAAAUCUUCCUAUCAUAACUUCAUAAAUUUCUCUUUUUUCAUUGUUAUAAACUCAUCAGAACAAAGUUAACGUGUCAUUGUCUUCAAUUCAUGACGAGUACUUGUGUGCUUCUGUGAAAAUCUUAUUCUUUCUUAUUUUUUUGAUCAGCCAGUUUACAGCGCUCUGGUUCCUUAGCAAAUGUCUUUAAAUUUUACCUUUGUUCGCGGUAGAUAAUUUUAAUUUGAAUUGAAAACUAGUUAGUAAGUAACUGGCCGAAAAUUUAUUUUCGAUAUUUUUUGGUGUAAUGUAAACAACCACGUACUUUAAUAAAUGCAAAUACGCCAGAUUAAAAAUCUUCACCCAGAUCCGAGGAUACUUGAACGUAUCCAAAACACGUUAGGAUAGUCAUGUCAAAGAUACGGCCCGCAGCCUCACGUUUUUUAGAGCUAUUAAACUUCAUUCGAUUCCUUUACGGACGUUUUAAAUACUCGUAUUCUCAAAUCUACGGAUGUUUAUAAGUAAUUUCAAGAGCAGCACUUUGCCUAGACAAGCGAGAGAGAAAGACGGUAUCGCCAUCUAUUAGCAGCAAGUGGAAAUAUCCUAUUUUUUUUGUCGAAACGAUAGAAUCUUCUACGCGCUUCGAUUCUAGACUAGAACCUUCCUUAACCAUACAAAACGAGUGCGUCGGCGCGACGUGAGUCAGUUGAGUCGAGUAAUCGAAGCAAUAUGGUUGGAAAUUGGACUUAUUGUGCAUUUGCUUGUGUCGUGCGCGUGCAAUAUCCAUAAUUUUUGUGACGGGUUUCAUAAUUAUUACGAUUGUUUUUCAGUCUAAAUGGGAAAUUGCAUAUUUUUUCAUAGAAUGGAAAGUUAAACCACCGUGUGUGAUUUGUAUCAUAAGUCAAAAUUCGAUUGUUCACUUCAAGGUUAAUAAUCGAUGUUUACUAAAGCGAAUACAGAGGGAGGCCCUGAAAUCAAGUUUUAUUAUUAUUGCAUUAGAAAUCGCGAAAAGAUUAAAACCUUUCAGUGAUGGUGAUUUUAUUAAAGACUGUAUGUUAAAAGUUGCCGAUGUUUCAUUUCCAUCUCAAAAGUCAAUAAUUCAAAAUAUUUCACUCUCAAAAAACACUGUUGCCUGAAGAAUAAAUGAUUUAUCACAAAAUUUGGUUCUUCAACUGAAGGACAAACUUUUCACUGGCUGUUGACGAGAGCUUUGAUACUGUUGAUACAGCUGUUUUUAAUUAUAAACAGUAACUUUGAAAUAACUUUAGAACGAUUAAAGUACGUUCCAUUGAUAGGUAUUACAACAGCAAAUGAUAUUUAUUCUGCAAUAGAGCCUUUGAUAGCAGGAAAUGAACUCUACUGAAAAAUACUUAGCAGUACAACUACGGAUCGCGCUCCUGCAAUGGCUGGCAAAUAUUCGGGCGUUGUAACUAAAUUAAAACAGAAAACAUCAGGGAAUUUUGUGGGAUUCAUCAGGAAUCAUUGGCAUCCAAUCAUUUAAAAAUGGACCAUGUCAUUCAUCAAUGAGCAUGUCAAAAACAAGAGUAGUCAAGUAUCUGGAUCCUCGAACUCAACCUACCAUCUUUUAUAACUUUGAUAUAUUUUUUAACAACCGUAUUUUAUAUACUUAUAUAAUUUAAUAAAUAAAAUGUUAUAAUAAUUCAGUUCAUUUUUUUUAUUUUCAACCUAGCCAACCUACGAAUUCAAAAAUUUAAUAUACGGCACUUAAUAAAAUUGAGUUUGACAGCUCUGCGUUAGGAAUUGAAAAUCAGUACUUCACGAACACAGGAUUUUAAAUCAUGUUUUAUUAGCACUGCGAAGGAACAAUUUCAAAGUACGUAUGAAUGUGCAAUGUUAGGGAUAACUACCGCGAACAAAGCUUUUAAAAAAAUGGGACAUAGUAUUUCUUUUUUGCAACUAAUUGCUUAUUGUGGCUUGCUAUGAACUUGAGACAACCUUCGAAAUUUGAAUGAAAUUUUCACUAUUUCACUAAAAAACAUAUUAUGUAAUGAACACGUAGCUGAGAAAUUUCAUUUUUAGUGUGUUACUCAAGUUUGGUCCUAGCUGCAAAUUUAAAAUUGGUCUUUGGUUAUUCAUCAAUAUUAUUUUAAUUAUAUAAAUUGAAAGGUAGAACGUAAAAAAGUUAGAAUGAGAUAAACGAAAAAUAUGAAAAGAUGUCUAAUAUGAUAGUUUUUAGGUAGAAAAGAAAUUGAAAAAUUGUCGUUAGUUGCCACUUUAUCACUUUGAUCAAAUAUAUUAGAAACACAAACAAAUGAAAACAGUAUUUUAUUAAAUUAAAUCGUGGAAAUGUUCAUAUCAAUCCCUCUUUGUUUGUUGUGUUUCUAAUAUUUUACUGUUGAUAAAUGAAAAAAGGUCUUGUCACUAAAAUUACUUGUAAAAACACUUCAGAUUUGAUAAAAAUAUAUGAACCAUUAUAAUCCAAAUUAUUAUUAUAAAUCUCAACAUAAACUAUUUCGAAAUAGUCACUAAUGUCGGAGUAUAAAGAAACAUUCAGAUUUUUAUUAGUACAGUUGUUUUAAUUGGUAAUCACUUUUGAGGAAAAUAAUUAAAAGUAAAUGUGAAACAAAACUAUUGUAACAACUGAGCCUACAAUUUCCUUCAAUAUAACUAAACUUUAUUAACAUUUGUGUGAUUUAUUUCAAUAAUGCUUUUGCCCACAAAUUCUUGGACGAUUUAUUGGUACUUAACACAUGCUAAAAGGCAUUUUGGUACCAACUAAUUUUCAACUGUUCCGAUUAAUUUUCAGCAUCCUAAACAGCCCUCUGAUUUAAUGCAUUGAAUAUUAUUUUCAAUUGGAUCAAGAAGGUUCUUUUUUUGUAAUCUGUAUACAUGUAUCAGAACGUCCAAUUUUGCGGAGAUUUUAAAUCUUAUUAAAAUUCGCCGCCAUUAUCAGAUUGAAAUCUUGAAACUUCCGCAAUGUUUCUGUAUUUUUUUCUAAGAGUUCAAAAAAGUAUAUGCGGUUCGUCUCGGGUAUACCCUGACCUAGAGUCUACAUUUGUGUCUAUUGGUUUUAGUUGUUAGAUUGAAAUUAACAAGACAAAAAUAGUAGUCGUCAUGAUGGUUUCGUGGUUUAGUACACCACACUUAAGGUAUUUUGUUUUUCCAUUUGUCUUCUGUCGCGAAACGUGGGGUCCGUACAGAUCUCAAAAAUAAGUACUAAAAUAAGUAAUACGAGAUAUUUUCACUAAGUAGUCUCUCCACUAUUGUUUAUCAGAGGUAGUAGAAAUAACAUAGGCAGUGGCGGACUAAACCCGUCAGAGGCUCGGGCCGGCAAAGCGGAAUGAGGCCCCCUGCUUUAAAAAAUGUAGUUUUACAAGCUUUUUAUUCAGUUCACUUUUGUAUGUAUAAAUAAUUGUUUAUGAUUAUUCUAUUAAAAUCUGGCAAGUGAAAUUUAAAUUCGACUUAAAUUAUUUAGCCUAAAUAAACAUAUAUAACUACAAUAUGGAAUGGAUAUGGGUGAAGAAAAUAAAAUACGAAAAGAUCGACAAAAAAAAUUAGAUAAAAUAAAUCAAAGAUAGUUUUUUGUAUUUUUUGUGGAGUUUUAUAUGUGUUUUCGUGCCUGAAUUUACUGAACUCGUCAAUAACUUCUGUGAAAUCAUUUCGUUUGAAAUUUUUCUUUCUAUUGAAAGCAUGGAUAAAUUAGACAGCCGUUCUUGACCCUUGUAGAUCGAGGAUAAUAUUUAAUCAGUUUAAGUUUCGAAAAAUAGUCCAAGAGCCCCAACCAAAAAAGUAGGUUCUAAAAAAAUUUUUGAAUAUGUUCAGGGGUGUCCCCUGAAUGUAAUUCCAAGUGGGCGUCUGGGGAUCUUAACUUCAGCCACCAUUUUGAAAAACACGUUCUAUUAAAUAUCUCGCGAACCACGCAUCGUACGACAAAAAUUGUAGAGAUCAUUAUUGUGGAUAAUAAUAUUUGCCAUCUUUUUUAAUUGAAACUUUUUUUGUAUAGCGCAUAGGUUUUUAAUUAUAGCGCUCCAAACUUUUUUCAAUAUGGUUUUUGCUAAAUAUUUAGUUAAUGGUCAAUGAUGAAUUGAAAAUGGUGGUAACUGAAUUGUAGAGCAUAAAAUUUUCUAAAAAUUUCUAAAAUUUCAUUGGAAAUCUAUGUGCUAUAUAGAUUUCCAUAUAAAAGUAUUGAAGUAUAAACGAUAUAAAGGGUAACGAUUUACUAAAGUCCCAUUUAAUUAUAAAUUGAAGGAUUUCUUGGGCUCUCCAUUUGGCAGCAACGUCCAUACUCGUAUCGGUGGUUGUUACAUGCCUGCGGUACCUUUUUAUUUCUUGGAAAACUUUCUCCUUGUCAAAUUCACCAUAAAUUUGUAUCAGAUUGUCAACUGCUACAGCCAGAGCGUCAUCUGAAGCUUCUCACAUAAACUAUAUUUCAAUAAUUUGUAAAAUAUUAUUAAUUUGUUCCAUGGCCCCGUAUCGUGACGACAAUUCUUGUAUAAAUCUAUGUAUUCAUACAUUGACCGAUGUAUUUGUUCCUGUAUUAAUAAUCCAGUAUCAUGAGCUGAUUCACCAAGCAUCGUUCUUUUUAUCUGCCUUCUUCCUCGUUUCUGGAUGUUGAUAUCCAUGUCAUUGCAUUUUUUUAUGCUAAAAGUUUCAGCGUUGUCUACAAUCGUGGUUCAUUCAUUCACUAAAUCCUCAUUCAAGGCGUUUAGUUUGGUGAUUUCUGUAUCCAGAGUCAUUUUUGGAGACUGCAAAUAUUGUUGAACUAAUUUUACUUCCUCCAGUAUUGAAAGCCAGAAUUAUAAAUAGGUUAGAAAGGUAUAAUCACAAGCAGCCGGCAGGAGCAGGCUUACUCCUGAUCCUGUAUCUAGAUUUGUUUUUGUUGGAUCUUGAAAAUGUUCCAAACUACUCACAAUCGUCUCUAUUUUUUCUUUUACAACUUUUACUGACUCCUAAUGAGUACUCCAGCAAGUAUCCGAUAAACGUUUCAAAUUUUUUUCAGUUUUCUCUUUCAGUAAUUGCCAUCUCUGUAUAGACGACGAAAAGAAUGAAUAUAUAUUCUAUUCUCAUAAAAAAAAUUUUGGUUUCUUUUUAUUGUACUACCACUGAAGACGUGUAGUUCAUCUUACAUCCUGGGAAUGAGUUUGAGGGGAUGAGACAUUAUAGCUCAUUUGAUCGUCUUCAAAAGCGCACUUCUUGUGGGUCCUUUCAUUUAUUUUAAAACUUGGUAGGUACUAAGCAUAUUUUUAAACUCUUGUUUAGGAUUGGAUCAAGAUACUUUUUAAGAAACCAUUUUUUGUCAAAAAACUAACAAAAGUAUAGCUUCCUCAACGCCAUCUAGCAUUCCAGUAAUGGAGAGUUCCAACCCUGUAAUACCGUUCCACUGUAUUACCAAAGGUCACGUCAAAUCCCAACCCAAUUGACUGUAGUUUCAGCUGUUUUUUUAUAUGCAGUAUUGAACUAUUUGAAUUUUUGAGGUUAGGUAUCAUUUCUGUGGUUACUUGCUAUUCAUUAUUUCAGAUCUUACUCUUUUUUUUUUUCAAUUCUUACUCUAUUCUUCUUUAAAAGCAGAAGCCUCGUGCAGCAAAAGUUGCACUAAAUAAAAAAUCUUCGGUUCACGCAGAAAUGAGAAGACAACAGCAAGCAGAAUGACAAAGUGUUUUGAGAGCAGCUGAAACUCAUCUUCAGGUACGAGUUUGUUCAGAAAGACAAGCUACGCUGUAGGCAGCUAGAGGAGCAAUAGAAACGCCAGAACAAUCGCAGGCAAGAAGAAUUGAUAAUGCAGAAAAGCGGACUACACGCCGUCGUAAUUUCAUGCGUAAGGAUUGGUCGGUAUUUAAUGAUACUAGGUUUCAAUAUGAUUCUUCAAUUUAAUAUCAUAAUCAUCCUUUGAUUGUUAUUGGAUCAAUGAAUGAAAAAUGUCAAUAUUGCGAUGCUUUUAAAUGGAAAGAUGAAACUGUUGGAAUGUGCCGUUCCAGUGGUAAAGUUUCACUUCCAUUACUUGGUGAACCAGAAGAAAACUUUAUUGUUAAGGUUCACAGAUGAGCCUAUUGUAAUGAUCUCUGUUACUUAUUUAAUAGCUUCAAUUCUGGCGAAGCCGCGGGAAUUGAAGCUUGGGAAUUAAACAUGUCAUAGACAAUUCCAAGAUAUAAAAAUUGAAAGCAUGGGAUUGAGCACGGACGUAAACCUAGUAUAAAAAAAUGGAUUUAGAUAUAAUUAGAUUCUAAUAUUGACUAGGAUAUUUCCAUUUUUUUGGUUAUUCGAGAUAAAAACGGCUGUUCAAAAGGUAAGAAUUUCGAUUAAAUUUUUUUAAAAACUAGAACGUUUUAAUGUUAACUGUUGCCUGCCAAAAACGAAAGUUAAAAUAUUUUUUCACAUCUUACAAUACUCAAAAUUGAAUAAAA